AGCAAAGGUUACCAUUCGGUGAACGUUCCGCUACAUUCAAGACCUCGUUCUGUAUCUUGGUGUUUCUAUUUUAUAGAGGAUGAAUGCGAACAUGAGGUUUCUUGUAAAUAUUUGCGCAGUAACAAGUCUUGUUUGGUUCGUUCUUUCUGAAGAGACAAAAGGAGAAUCGACAUUCAAUUAUGAAGAGAAAGUUUUGGAAAUGGUUUUAAAGGAAAACAAUGAAAUAAAAAAUGGCAACUCACGAAUUGAAAAUAACUACAAAAGUGUUCAAGAUGUGAAGGAGUUAAUACAAUUACUUAUAAAUAACACGAAAGAGAACAACAGUGAAUUUAAAAAUCUUCUUGCAGAACAUGAUUCGAAUUUUGUGGCGGGAGGAUGGUCGGACUGGGAAUCGUGGGGUUCAUGUUCAGUAGCAUGCGGUGAGGGAUUUCAAACACGCGUACGUAGUUGUGACAACCCCAAACCCUCAAGUCACGGGAAAUAUUGCCAUGGCGACGCCAAAGAAUGGAGGAUGUGUGAUAAGGUUUACAAAUUGACAGACUGUCAAGAUGUUCAUCGUCUAUGUCCGUCCUCACCUGACGGGGUGUAUCGAGUCAAGCUGUGGAAAUCUCAGACGACUAUCAGUGUGUACUGCGACAUGACGACAAGCAACGGAGGAUGGACGGUAUUCCAAAACCGGUAUGACGGAUCGGAGGAGUUUUACUUAGAUCUCAAGGCUUACACUGAAGGAUUUGGAAAUACAUCAGCUGAAUUCUGGCUUGGGUUAAGAUACAUUAAAGAGAUUCUGGAUCAGGGAAAAACUACCAUACGCAUGAACGUGGGUGCCGACGACGGAAGCGAGGCGUACGAAGAAUGGCCAGACUUUCGGUUAGGAGAGGCCCCAGGUUACAAAUUGCACGUGAGCGGGGAAGGCACGGGAACCGCUGGGGAUGCCGGUAAAUAUUUCUCAAAGACCCAAAAUGGAACGGAUUUCACAGCAAAGGGCAGCUCUUGUGGUAACGGCUGCAGAGGUGGCUGGUGGUACGGCUCAUGUACAAACAUUAACCUCAACGGACACUACGCUCCGCCGGGGGGAAGUCCGAGUACCGCUGUCCGGUGAAGGAGGAAUGAUUUUUUACAGUUUUAGGGGAUACGAAUCACUCAAAACAUCAAGAAUAAUGUUGCGAAGAGUUGAAUGAAACUAAAAAUUAAAUAACAAAGGGUAGGUGUGUGUUGUUGUUUUGACAGCUAUUCCAAAUCGGUCUUGAUGUAGAAUGUUGUAUACAUAUCUUUAAACCAUUGAUUCUAAAGGCUAACUGUUCUACAGCUUUCAGAACUUAAAAAAUGAGUAAUAUUACACAUGCCUUUAAAAAAUUGAUUUGCUCAACUCAAUUGUAUUGAAAAUUUAUUUUAUUUGUACGUCCAGGUUGCAAAUAAAUACAAAAACUAGGAAGGAUGAAAGAGAAAACGAUUGCAAUGGUAAUCAUGUUAAGAAAUGCAUACAUAUAUAAAGACAAAAUAAGCGAUAAUAUAAAUUUAUCAUAAUUAUCAUUAUGAUUUAUGUUUUUUCCAAAGAUAGGACGUUUACUAGGUUUUUAUUACAUAUGUUUAUUUAGUUAAGAUGUUUUUGUUAUUAUUUCACAGUGCCGAUCGCAAUCGGUUAAUUUGAGAUAGAAUGGCAGCCUAUAUUAGCCAUAUUGAUUGUGUCAAACCGUUUUGAAAUGUACGCUGGUGAUACUAACAACUUGUAGAAUGUGGUAUGUUGAAAUGUGUUAAUAAUAGAGCACACUGAUUAACAUGUGAAUAACCUUUAUCAUUCCACAAUGGUUUAAGGUUAGGUGGGCGAGUUAUGGAUCUCUUGCGAUGUACCUUCUAGCAUAUUUUAUAUAUCCGGACACAUCCGAACUAGAAAUGCAUAAACAAUGACAGAAUAUACUUCGUUGAAACUAUGAACUUGAACAAUUUGUAUUACGAGUAAAGCCCUAUGUAUAUAGAGGAUAAUUGUUUGUUUCAGUGUAAGACCGUAAAGCAUUCACCGAGUGAGCACCCAAAGGUAUAGUUUACUAGUGGUGCUCACGAGGCGAGAUAUAUUUAAGAUUUUCCUAGGAAACAAGUAAUUUCUAAUUUUGGUAUAUGCCUGGAAAUCAAGAGUUUAUUGUAGUCUUUACAGAAGAACGCGCAAAAAUGUAUGCGACCGUAACGUCAUUUUGGACAUCGUAUAAAAUGUGCUCUAGCCAUGUGCUUGUUGACGUUUAUUUUGGAAGUGAGAGCUGGCUAAAAAUGAAUAUCAUGUAUUCUGUAAUUUUAUAUAACAAUCGGAAAUUGAAUGAUAAAUGACAUUGUACCUACACAUAAAUAUUAAAUAUCAUUAUUAUAUUAUUACUGACACACCUACACUUAUGUUCAUGUAGCAUGGUGUUGAAAUAGUUAACAAUUCUAAAUCGAAAUUGCUAAGAAACUGACCUCAAUUUCUCGAAAGUUCUGAGGCGAAACAUGCUUAGGUUGCUUAUUGUUUUAAGUUUCUACUUAAUCAUGAAUUUACUAGAUCUAGAAAAUAGUUCUUCGAGAAUAUCAUAAAGAAAUUUUCCGAAAAAUUCUGAAAAUAUAAAGUUAGCAAAACUUAAAGCCAACAAUCGCAUUGAGUUAAGCUUUUACACUGUCCAUGCUUUGAUCUUUUUAGAAAGAAAUGAAUAAAACGUCAUUAGUAAUAUAUCCGUCCAUAUGCACUAAAACUCAUUGAACUGUUAAAUACAGGAAAGACAAGAGCUCAUCAAAGCUAUAUUAUUAUCAAAGAAAUGUUAUGUAUACCGCAAACAAUUCUAAGUAUUUAGUUGGAAUAAUGAUUUGUUUGUGUUGUUUUUGCUUUGUUCGUACUCGCGUAAUUUGAAUAUGUCCAAACAACUUUGUUCGCAAUGACUUAUUAUUGUAUAACAUGUGUUUGCAUCAUGUGUUCAGUUAUUAUAUGUGUGGUUGAGAAGAUGAUGUACAACACUUAAUGAAAUAUAUGUUCUGUUCUGUUCUUAUUCAUGUAAGUACGUGAUAUGUUUCGAGAAAUAAGGGCCAUGCAUUUACAAUGCAGUGUGUGAUAACAAUUAUGGAUGACAUCAAAUUAUAUAUGGAGAUUGUUUGUCUUGUAUUGUUCAUAAUAGUUUUCUUAUUUUUGUUGAACAUUUAUUGUUUUAAAAUAACAGACAGUUGUAGCAAUACCAAUGAUAUAUUCGUUUGUUCUUAUAUUAUAUAUUGACGAUGUACUGUGUACA